AUGAAUGCUAAACAAUUAUAUGAAAGAGAGUUCAAAUCCAGAUCGCCAACUUUCUCCGAAGAUUCAGGAAAGCCAUCCAGCCAUAUGAUUGGUUCACAACAGAGACAGUUCCACACAACAGUACAACUCAAAAAGAAACCUGGAGAAACCUUGGGAAUAAUAUUAACGUCAGGAAACUCCGAACUGGAUCCAUGUCCCAGCAUAGCGACCUUCCGGCCAGGAUCGGUGGCCUUAAACAGCGAUCAACUGAUGCCCGGAGAUCGGAUAUACAGCGUGAACGGGAUAACGACGUCGAGGAUGCGGCCGGAAGAGGUUACCACGUUGCUGGACAACGUAGACGGCAAUGCCAUGCUCGAAAUAGAAUAUUCAUUGCCGAAUUACGCUUCACAAAGUUCUUUGUGUGUAACAUCGAGAGUUACAGAAGUUGUAAUAGAGAGGAUAGAUGGUUCUCUUGGUAUUACAUUAAGGGGAGGAUUAGUACCGGAACAUCCACAACUGUCCAGACCCCUUGUCAUCACACAAAUUAGGCAAAAUGGUCCGGCUUUCAGAACUGGCAUGAUCAGAGUUGGAGAUCGGCUAUUGAAAGUUGACCACUACUCUCUAGUCAACAAAACCCUUCUAGAAGCUCAACAAAUCCUCAAGGACAACACGCAGUCCAGUACCCACGGCAUAAUUCUCACCACACUCACCAUAGAAUAUGACGUAAGCAUCAUGGAAUCGGUCAAGUAUGCCAAUGGACCACUGCUUCUAGAAAUCGAUAGGCAAAUGGAAGAAGAAUUCGGAUUGGUUUUGACAAACUGUUGCGACAUGGAAUCUGAGGAUAUCAUAACGGCAGGAUUUUAUGUGGAAAACAUCAUACCAGCAAGUACAGCAGACAGAUGUGGGGCUCUGUCUGUCGGAGACCAACUUCUGGCUAUUGAUGAUCUCAUUUUGGAAGGAUGGCCAGGAAAUCCGCAAGAUGCGGAAAAAUUGUUGAGACGAGCGACUAAAUUGCAAAUUUUACCUUCCCAUAUCAUUAGACGAUCGACUUCUAGGAACAACUACGGUCAAUACUCUGCUGUUCCAGGCAUCACCGAUUUCAGUACCAUCAACUCCAAACGUUCCAGGUCUAACCGCAAUCGGAUGAAUAGACAGAGUACCAUAAAUAAAUCAUAUGAUAACGAUGGUGCCAGCUCUUUCACGAACGAGGAAAAUGAAACAGGUGUAAACUACUGCGGCUGUCCAAAUAACAGAGGUGUAUCCCAUCCAGAAUCUCUCAAUGUGACGUUGACGUCAGAAAGAGGAUAUGGUUACGGUUUAGCUGUUUCUGUUGGAGAUCAUACGGAGAACAGAUCUGCAGAUAUCUUGAUAUCCAGAAUCGUGACAGAUUCGCCAGCAUAUAGAUGUGGUUGUCUGCAAGUCGGUGACCGUCUAAUCUCCGUCAAUCAUCAACCCAACUUAACCCUUCAGGAAAUUAACUCCAUAUUGGAAUUGGGAAACGAACCGACUGGGAUUGGAAAAGUCACUCUCCAAGUUGAGUUUGAUGUGGCAGAUACGAUUGUACCUUCUAGCGGAAUUUUCACGGUCAGACUUCCUAAAAGAGGGGCAGGACUAGGUAUAACCAUCACAGCAUCAAAAACUAAACCCGACGAGCCGUUUGUCAUAUCCGAGAUACGUCGAGGAUCAGUAGCUCACAGAACGGGUACUCUUCAUGCUGGUGACCGCCUCUUGGCCAUCGACAAUCACCCGUUGGACCACCUGAGUCUGGAAACGGCCUUCGAUAUCCUCCAAACUUCCACGAACGAUAUCGUGACGCUAAAAGUGGAGAAAACGGAAACGGAAAACUCAAAUUUAUUCUUGGAUAGCGUUGUAUAUACGGUGGAACUCCACAGGUGUGGUGGACCCCUUGGAAUCACAAUAUCCGGGAGCGAGGAUUGCAUGGAUCCAAUCGUUUUAUCAAGGUUGACUGAAGGAGGAUUAGCUGCAAGGACGGGUGCUCUUCAUGUAGGUGAUAGAAUUUUAGCAAUAAAUGGAGACAAUCUGGAGCAGAGACCAUUGUCAGAUGCUAUUAGAUUACUACAAAGCUCGGGAGACCGAGUUCAGCUGAAGAUUUCAAGACAUUUGAAACCUCCAGAAGACAAUCGGUGUAAUUACUCGAGUCCAGGACUUAUGAGUGUCGACAGUGCAAUUCAUUCUUGGGAUAGUAAUACAGCAGAGACCACUAAUGAUAACUCAACAGAUAUCCAAGAAAUCAAAGACAUCGAAAGUAUCCUGAGCGAACCACUCUCAUAUCAAGACGACAAAGACUCAACAACGAAAUCAAAAAAGCGAGACUCUCAACUGCAGUAUUAUUCAGACACCGAAGAAAUUUUCUGCCCCAGUCCAUUACCUUUGCCGAACUACACAUUCACAAAUACAAUGAAAUAUGAAAAUAGCUUUGCACAAUCACCAAAUAGUUUCAUAGACAGGUUACCUGGCACUUACAGCAACGAAAGCAUGUUGGAUAAUGAAGUUUAUCACGUUACUUUAUACAAAGAUUCAAUAUACGAUGACUAUGGAUUCAGCGUCAGCGACGGACUCUACGAAAAGGGAGUUUACGUGAAUAGAAUCCGGAAGGGAGGCCCGGCAGAUAUCGUUGGACUUUUGAAGCCCUAUGAUCGGAUUAUACAGGUAAGAUAA